AGUAUCCCAGCAAUAUGCUAUGCACGUCAACUACAAUACAUUAAUUAAAUUAGAAGGCUAAAACAAAGCUUAUAUACUAUACAAGAAAUCGCUUAUGUUGUACAUUCUUGGAAUUAGUUGUCGGUGUGAGAAACGCGCUGGUUAUGAUUUAUUCACAUCGAUAACUAGGUCUUGUAAUGUAUCAUUGCGAUGUAUACAAUUUCAUUAUACAAUUCUAUGUAUACCGAAGGUGAUUAUUUUUAUGUGGGAAAGUGAAGUAAAUUAAUAAAUUACCUAUUGAUAGGAAUGUGAGAUGUGGACAAAUGUUGCAGAAAGUCUAUUGUAGGUUACAUUUUUAACAGUUUAUAUGUGAUUACUUCCGCAAAUUAGUGAUUACACUUCUACUAGUCUAUUUUCGUACUGAAACUCAACAUUCGUGUUCUUCAUGUUUUCUUUAUACCUACAUGUACCAAUGAUCUAUACUUGCUGAUAACAGUUGUGUAAUUUUAUGCUUAAGUGAUGUUAUUUUUUCUAAAAAAAGAAAAGCAUUAAUUGUGUGAAAUAUUGAAGAAACUACAUAUAAUCAGAUAAAUGUAAUGGAUGAAGGAAUUUUAAACGAUUUAUUGGAAUGUUCUGUUUGCUUAGAACGUUUGGAUUCUUCAAGUAAAGUUUUACCAUGCCAACAUACAUUUUGUCGAGAAUGUUUGGAAGGGAUUUACAAUAAACAUAAACAAUUAAAAUGUCCAGAAUGUAGGAUAUUGGUUCCAACAAGAAUAGAAGAUUUACCACCUAACAUAUUGCUAAUGAGAAUAUUAGAGGGAAUAAAAAGUACUGCUCCAAGAAAGGACAAACAAAACGUGAAUGAUUUUAUUGCCUUAAAAGACCUAAAUGGUCACGAAAAUUAUAAUAGUAAAUCUACUACCGAAGAUACACAGCUGUCAGAUGCUACUGGAUUUACUGAUCCUCAAACAUAUUUUCUUGCAAGAGCUGAGUAUGACUAUAUACCAAAAGAAUCUAGCGGUCUAGAAAUAAGGAAAGAUGAUUUAAUUAAUGUUAAAAAGCAAGUGGAUCAAAAUUGGUUUUACGGUGAAUGUAACGGAAGAGAAGGGUUAUUUCCGGCAAAUUAUGUUCUCGCAGCAGCUCCAUUGCCAAGUAGUAUACCACAAUGUAAAGCACUUUAUGAUUUUCACAUGGAAAAUGACGAAGAGGGAUGCCUUUCGUUUAACAAGGGUGAAGUGAUAAUAGUUAUACGAAGAGUUGACGAAAACUGGGCCGAAGGCCGUUUGCAAGACAAAAUAGGGAUAUUCCCUUUGGCCUUUGUCGAGUUAAAUAGUUUAGCAAGAUCAUUAAUAAAUCUUUCUAUAAAGGUUUCACAUAUUCCUAAUAAGCAACAAAGCUCCAUAGAUUCAGCAUUACAAAUUUUAAAUCAUGGCAAACUUCAAGAAGAGAAAAAACGUCAUAAAAAUGAGUUCUUAGAUCCCCCUCAAUCGCACAGCCAACAAUUAAUUAAAAAAGUAGACGAUUCAAAUUUUAAUGUGCUUGGGACAAUAGUUUUACCAUCAAGUUAUAUUGCCUUAUUCUCAUAUAAACCUCAAAAACCUGAUGAAUUGGAACUAAAAAAGGGCGAAACUUACAUAGUUACUGAAAGAUGUCAAGAUGGCUGGUUUAAAGGUGUUUCAAGAAACACCCAGAAGAGUGGUGUUUUUCCUGGUAACUACAUCACACCAUUCAGCCAAGCUUUAAAAGGUCCGUAUAUGACGAACUUGGGUAAAAAAAAUAAGUUAAAAUAUUCGAACUGUACAAAACAUCUCACUUUUGAGCAAAGUUUAUGUGGGUUACCGCCAGAAUUACCUCCAAGAUGUUCCACUCCAUCGCUAAACACAAAUUCGCGUGUUUUUAUUCAAACUUCGCAAACAAAUAACUGUACCUCAGCUAAUUCUGUUAAAGCCCCUAUUACUACCGCUGAUGUUUUCAACGUGGGCAAAUCGGAUGAUAAGAACGGAGAACGAUUAGAUAAAGGAACCGCUAAUUUUAUAAGUAGAUUAACUAUAAGCAAGCGAUCUAAAUCUCCUCCUGCCACAUUACUAUCAAUAGAUAACCCAGGUUUUGAGGAUAAUAUUGCCAGUGGAACUGUUUUAUCAUCUACACAUGUCAGAUCCGGUUCCUGCCCUAGUAAAAUGCCGCAAAUAUCGACACUAGAUCAAAGCCAUAGUAAAAACGCUGGUUCGAUGAUUUCUCAACGUUUGAAACACCGGGAACAACUUAGCCUUCCGGUUAAUUUAUCAAGAUGCGAAGAAAAGGAGAAUAAACGACGAUUAAAUUCUAAAAAUCAUCGUAAAUCAAAUUCAUUAGAUAUUGAAAAUAAUACUAGAACAACACCUGCUCAAUGUAAAGGCGAUCGGUAUCGUUGUAUUGUUCCCUAUCCGCCAAAUACCGAAUACGAAUUAGAAUUGCAAGUAAACGAUAUUGUGUAUGUACUUAAAAAACGAGAUGACGGAUGGUACAAAGGAACUCAACAACGCACCGGUAGAACAGGUCUUUUUCCUGCGAGUUUUGUUGAAAAACUUUAAAUUAUUCUCUAUUAAAUCAAUUACUUUUGUUGUUAACAUGAUGUAUUGUAUUAGAGAAUCCACUAUCAGUUAAUUUAUUUCAUAAUUCGUAAGAGGUUAGUUUAUUUAUGCAAUUAAUAAUGUUUCUCUUUUUUCUUGAUGUUUUUGAAGUGAAAUUUGUAUAAUGAAGAUUUUAAGAUGAGCCGUCACGGAAUCCGAAAUGAAACUGUAUCGAUGUAUUUCAGAGUUAGCUGAAGAAGUUUCACUUUGUUUUGGGGAGGUACGCACUAACUUCUUGAAUUCAAAAUGAAGCUACUCGAUUAAUAUUCAUGUAUAUAUACACACAUAUAUAUAUAUAUAUAGGAUGUUAUAUACACACAUGUACACUUACAUGAACUUUUUAAUGCAGCAACAAUAAACGAUUUCAAUUAA